AUGUCAUAAUUGAAAAAAUUUCAAUAAGCAGACUUUCAAGUUGUUUAUGCAAUAAAUAAUAAGACUUAAUUGUAAAAGAAAGGAGGUGAUUAAUUUAUAUGCAAGUAAGUAAUACCUUAAAAAAAAACAUCAAAAGAAUUGAUAGAUGAAAUGGAUUAAAUGAAAAUUCGAUUAUCAAAAUCAGGUAUUUAUAUUCCUGAAGGAUAUUGGGAAGAAAAGCAAGGAGUGUGUUUUGUUUAUAAGAAAUUUAAAGUAUCAAUGGCAGAAUUAAUAAAAUUACAUAAAAGAUAAGGAUUAUAUAUUCCAAUGAAUAAAAUGUAAACAUAUGUAAAUGAAUAUACAAAUUGGGUUGAUAAAAUUCAUAAAUCAAAGAAGAGUGAGAAUUAGAGAUAUUAUCAUGGUCGUAUAAAACCAUCAAAUUUAUUUGAAGAUGAUGAGAAUGAAUGUGUGAUUACAGAUUUUACUCCUUUUUCAAAUGAGAAUGUAGAAUUAUAUUUACCUCCUGAAUCUAUAGCAGCAUUAAAAAAGAAUUAAAGCUAAAGAUUUGCAUCUGGUAGUUCAGUAGCAGAUUUAUUUGGAGGAGAUCCAAUUAAAGUUGAUAUUUGGUAAUUGGGUUUAACUUUUCUUUAAAUGGCUUCAUUAAGAGAUAUUGAAGAAUUAGUUAUAUUUAGAGAUACAAAUGUUUAAGAUUCUGCUAAAGCAAUUGAAAUUAAAGAAACUAUUAAAAAGUUAUAUGGAUAUCAUUUUUUAAGUUUAAUAGAAAGAAUGUUGGAAAGAAAUCCUUCAACAAGAUCACCAAUACAUGAAUUAGAAGAUAUGAUCUAAGAUUUCUUCAGUGAUAAUGUUAUAGCACAUGAUGAGAAUUAAUUAUAACCUAAUUCAGAUUUAUUAUUAGAUGAAUUAAAAUUAAGAGUUACUUAAUAAAAAUAACAAACAGUUAUAUAAUAUUUAUCUAAAUAUCAAUUGUAACCAGUUAGUAGAAAAAUAAAAGCAACUAAUUUUUGGGAUGCAUUAGAUGAUAUCAAAAUACCAAUCAGUUUUAAGGAAAAAGCAGCUUUAUUAUAAAUUUAUGAUUUGUAAAAGAAUGAUGAAAUAGAUCUAUCAUCAUGGGUUUAAAGACAAAAAGAAGUUAUUAAAUUAGGAGAGUUAAAUCAAGAUUAAGAUAAAGAGUUAUUUGAAAUGUUGAAAGAUAUUAAUACUUAUAUAAUAGAUAGUAAUAUUAAUUUAAUAGAAAUUUUAAAAGCAAACGAUUAAGAGUAAUUAGGAUAUUUACCUUUUGAUUAAUUUGAUAAUCUUAUUAGAUAAGAGGGAAUCAAUUUAAAUCCAGAGGAUAUUCCUAUUUUGAAAUUAAAGUAUGAUCCAAAUAAGAAGAACAUUAUUUAUUAUGAAUACUUUUGUGAUGAUAUCAAAUAAACAAAUUAGUAAUAAUUAGGGUUGGAAGAAUUAAAAAAGAAAAUGUAUAGAGCUAUUAGAGAAAUAUAUAAUGUAUUCUUUUCAUUUUUUAGAAAUUAUGAUACUAAAUCAAAGGGAUAUCUUGGAUAUGAUGAUAUUUACAAAUUUUUCAAUGAAAUUAAAUAUCAACCCACACCUGAAAUUCUUAAAUAAUUAUUAUUUAAUUUAGAUCCAGAAAAUAAAAAAAUGAUAACUUUUGAGAAUGUUAGAAUGUUCUUUGAAAUUAAUGUAAAUGAAGAUUUAAAAGAAAUUCUAACUUAAAUUGUUAAUGGUUUACUUAGUAUAUAAAUGACAUUACCCUAAUUAAUUAGAAGUAGUACUAAAAGUAGUAGUAUAAUAUCCUCAACAUCAUUUUAUAAUUAACUUAAAUAAAGUAGUGAUCAUCUUCGAUAAACUGAUUUUUAAUUCUUGUUAAGUUAAUUUGGUGUCAAAGAUGAAAUAGAGUAUCCUCGUUUCAUUUAAGCUUUAGGAGUUAAGGCAAGGGAAUUGUAAGUUCAAAAUUGGAAAUAAUUAUAAGAAGUUGAUGGUGGAGAUAGUUUUUAAGAAAGAAAGAAUAAUUUUGAUGAUCCUGAAUUAUCAUUAUAGAAAUCUAUAAAUUUUAAUCCUAGGUCAUUUGACUCUUAGAAAAAACUUCUAUUAUUUAUUACUAAAUAAUUAUAAGAAAGAGAUGAAACUCCUAGAGCUUAUUUUAAAUGUACAUUUUAAAGAAUGUCAAUUUAAUAAUUUAAGGAUAAAUUACGUUAAUUGUAAGUGCUUAAAGCAGAUUUUGAAAUAGAAUAAGAAGAAUUAAUUAAUAAUCUUUUAGUACCUAAUGAUAGAACAUAAGUUGAUAUAGAUUUGCUUAUUGAAGCUAUUCUAUAUUAUAAGGAUAAAAGAAAUGAUUAAAAUAAAUAUAGUUAACACAAUGCAAUAAUAUUUUUUGAGUAACUUAAUAAAAUGAUGAAAAAAAAGAAAAUCUCUUUUUCUGAUAUUGAAGAUCUGGAUUCUUUAGGAGAUGGAACUUUAAGGAAGAAACAUAUAUAAGAUUAUUUGGUUAAACAAUUUUUAAUUGAUACUGAGGAUGAAAAUUUUAAGGAUUUUAUUAUUUUCAUAUAAUAAGAUUAAUAAAAUAUAUCUUUAAUUAAAUUAAGAUAAGGAUUAAAAUUAGAUGAUGCAGCUAAUAAAUUGUUAUAAGAUCUGAAUACUGAAUUAUCAUAUGAAUAAAGCAAACCAGAAUAAUUAUUUCGGAAAUAUGAUGCAAAUAGAAAUACAAAAUUGGAAUUGAGAGAAUUUUAGGAAUUUUUACAAUAAAUUGUAGGAAAUGUUGAUUAGAAGAUAUUGGAGACACUAUUUCAUAAAUUUGAUACAAACAAUGAUAAUACAAUUAAUUUAAAGGAGUUUAGAGAGAAAAUAAUUAAUUAGAAUUAAGAUAAUGUUAAUUAUUAAUAAUAAUAAUAAUAAUAUCAUCAAAAAUAAUAAAAAGAAUAUUAACCAUAAUAAUAGUAAUAUUAAGAAUUACCAAAAUAAUAAUAUAGAAAAUCUACAGCAGUUGAUUCUAAAGUAUUGACUCCAUAGAUAAUGAAAUCAGUAUUUAGAUUAAAAGAUGCAUUAAAUGAAAACAAUUAAACCUUAUAGAUAUUUGACAAAAAAGGUAGAGGUGAAAUAUUGAUAAAUGCAUUUUAAGAUAUAAUAAACCAUUUUGGAUUUGACUAUGUAGAAUUUAGAAGUUUAGCAUCUUAUUUAUAAUCACCUGACGAUAAAAAGUUUCUGUAAUAUGAUAAGUUAUAAAUUUUGAUGGAUGAUUGUUUAGAAGCAGAAUAAUUGUUAUUGAGUUUAAAUUAGACUAUUUAGGCAGGAAAGAAUGCAACAGCUUAAUUAUUUUAUAAUUAUGAUUAAAAUGGAAAUGAUGUAUUAGAUAGAUAAGAAUUCAAUAAAUUAAUUCAUGAUAUUGAUCCUUCAAUAAAAAAUAAAUAGAUAGAUAAUCUAUUUUUAUUACUUGAUACAAAUGGUGAUGGAUCUAUAAGUAUAAGUGAAUUUAAAUCGAAGGUUUGUGCAAAAGAGAAACCUAAAGUAUUGGCAUAAGAUACAAAAUAAUAAUAAGGUAUGUUUGCAGAAGUUAUUAAAUUUAUUAAAUAAACACCUAAUAUAUUAGGAGAUUUUGAAGGAAUGGAUGAAGGUUAUACAAAUAAAUUAGAUGUUGAAAGUGUAAUAUCUAUUUUGAAGAAAAAUAAUGGUCCUAUUCUUUAACCAAUUGAAAUGAAAGGAAUAGCAGAUGAAUUAGGUGCAUUUUAAAACAAUUAAAUAAAUUAUAAGAUGCUUUGUUAAAAAGCUAAGUAACAUUAAAUCGAUACUCCUUAGAAUAAAAUUGAUAAUAUAUUGACAAAGCUUAGAGAAUCAUUAUUAUAAAAAGCAAUUAGUGUAAUUGAUAUUGCUUAGGAAUUUGAUUUAAAUAAAAAAGGUAAAGUUAAAUUAAAAGGAUUAAAAUUAGGAAUUGCAGAUAAAUCAAUAUAAAUUUCAGAUAAUGAUUGGGAUUUAUUGUUAACAAUACUUGAAUAGGAUGCUUAAGAUUACAUUGAUUAUUAUGCUCUUAAUGAUCUAAUAAACUUGGGAUUGGCUAAGUAUAAAGAAAGCUAAAAGGUUAUUGUAAUCAACACAAAUUAAGAAAUUGAUAAGAUAGUUGUUUCUUUUUCUUAAUAUAUGGAAAAAGAAACAUGCACAUUACUUCAUUUAUAUAGAUAGACUGAUAGAGAUAAGGAUAAUUAUAUUUCCAAUGAAGAAUUCACUGAUCUAUUAUUGAGAACUAUUGGAUAUACUAGUUCUUAGAAUGUAUAAAGACAAUUGUUUGAGAUAUUUGAUAUGGAUAAAGAUGGUAAAAUCAAUUUUACUGAAUUUGAGUAUUAAGUAUACAAACGAAGUGAAAUAACUGCUAAAUAAAUUGAAGAAAUGAAAUAAGUGAUGUUGAAUGGACGAAAUCCUAAUUUUGAACAACAGAUUUCAGAAUUAUUUAAUAUUAUAUCUUAGGGUAGUUAAACUUUUGAUUUCAGAUAAUUCACCAUGUAUAUGAAUUACUAUAAGAAAUAUAGAAUAUUAGAGUUAGAUUAAUUCUUCAGGUAUUUUGAUAAAGAAUAUACAGAGAGAUUAGAUUAGUUUAGAUUUAUAUUAUAAUUUAAAUAGUAAAAUAUUAGAAUAGCAGAGUCUGUAUAUAAUUAAUAAUUUGGAAUGCCUCCAUAAUAAUAAGCAUAUCUUCCACCUGGAUAUUAAUAAUAACCAAAUUAAUAAUUAUAAUUUUAAUAAGCAAAUCAAUAUUAAUAACCAUAUCCAAAUUAAUAUUAAUAAUAAUAUUAAGAUCCAAAUUAGUAUCCUCCAAAUCAAUAAUAAUAUCAACAACCAAAUUAAUAUCCACCAAAUCAAUAAUAAUAAUAAUCAAUUUAUGGUGGUUAAGGAUAUCAAUAAUAACAAAAUUAGAUGCCUUAAUAUUAAAUGUAAUAAAAGAAUUAAAAUGAUAUUGUAAAUCCAAUGCUUGGAUCUUUUAAUCCAUCACAAACUUAGUAGUCUAUGGUUUAUCCACCUUAAAAUACAAAUUAUAAUUAAUAUAAUAAUAGAGGGGAUCAAGAAAUUUAAUAAUAAUAAUAAUGGAUGCAAAAUAGCACUAAAAUAGAUUAAAGAUGGAAUCAAGGAUAAGAUUAAUAAAUGCUUCCUCCUAAAUAUGGUCCAGAUUAAUGGAAAGAUAAAGAUGAUAAAUAAUUUGAUGAUAAUCAAUAAUCUAGAAUUCCUUAAGAAUAUGAUCUAAUUUUUUAUGAUUAAGAAUUACAUAGAAAAUGUAUACAGAAAAACACAGAUCUUUUUGAUUUAUUAUGUCAAUAUGAUGAAACUUCUUUGCCUGAUUUAAAAAUAUCUAAGCCUGAAUAAUUGGAAUAAGCAUUUUUAUUUUUAGAAAUAAUGGCUCCAACUCCACAUAUACAAUAAUUCUAUUAUUAUUAUUCAUAAGGAUAGAAUCAAAUGAGUAUAGUCUUACCUUAUUUAAAAAUGAAUAACCCUGGAAAACUAUUAGCUAAAGCACUUAAUUUUACUAUGGUAAAACAUAAAUAGUAUACCAGAUAACAAUUAUGGAAUCUUAUUGGAGAGUAAUAACCAACUUGGAGAUUACCAUAAUUAGAAAAAAUAAAUAAAAAUUUAAAGAUUGGUUUAAAUGAUAGAGAAUUAAGAGAUGCAUUUCAAUAUUGGGAUACUUAAUAAUCAGGAGUUAUUACUUAUAAAAUGUAUGAAGAAAUAUUAAAUUUGAAUUAAAUAAUUGUACCUACUAAAAAUAAUAAUGGAAUGUAAUCAUAAUAGUAAUAAUAAGUAGAAACUGGAUUGAAAUAAACUUUAGAUGCAUUUUUAUUACAUUUAUCUGAAGUUGUUCUAUCUAAAAAUUGUUUCAAUUUAUUUGAAUAAUUUGAUAAAAGAGGUCAUAAUUAAAUACCUUAUAAUGAUUUCUUAUAAAUUAGUAAAAAGUUAUUAGGAACAAUUUCAGGAGAGGAAAUAAAAGCAAUAAAACAAUUAUUGCAAUUAAAUGGAUUUAUAAAUCUUAGUGAUUUAGCUUAAUAUUUAAAAGUUGAUAGAAAUAAAGUUGGAUAAUUUAAUUAAGAAGAUGAAAAAUAAUAAUUUGGAUUGGCAAAUAAAGAUUAAAGAAAAAAUACAUUAAAUUCCUAAAAUAAAGAGAAGUUUAAUAAAAUGUUACCUAUAAUAAAUGAGUUUUUGAAAAAGAGAAACAAAACAUAUGAAGAUUUUGCAUUAUAUUUCUUCCCAGCAAAUUAAGCUAGUACAAUCGAUAAAAAUCAAUUUGUAAAGAAAGCACUUGAAGCAUAAUUUGGAUUGACAGCUGUUUAAUGUGAAGAUUUAUAUGAUUAUUUAGAUGCUAAUUCUAGUGGAAAUAUAUCAAUAAAUGAAUUUAGAUUAGUAUUUUAAUCGAAACAAGGAGAUUUGUAGAAUAAAAAUAAAGCUGAAUAAAUAAUAAUGAGUUAAGAUAUUGAAUAAGAAAUUUAAGAACUCUUUAAUUAAAUAGAUGAAAAUAAAAAUUAGUCUUUAGAUUAAAGGGAAUUAUUGAAAGCUUUAUAAUCAGUAGGAUUAAAUCCAGGAACAGAAGAAUUAUCUUAGUAUUUUGCAUAAUUUGAUAGAGAUAAAAGUGGUACAAUUUCAUAUCAAGAAUUUUCACAUAUAGUAAAAGAUAUUCUAAAAAAAGAAUUAUUAUAAGCAGAUGAUUUAUUAGAAGAUUUAAGAAGAGAGUUUAGAUAGGUUUGUAAUCCAACAACUAGAAUGUUAUCAAAAGAAUAAGUAAGUUAAGUAUUUUAAAAUAUGGGUGUGUAAAUUAAAAAUGAAGAACUUGAAGAUUUGUUUAUAGAAAUAGAUGAAGAUAAAUCAGGUUCAAUAGAUAUUGAUGAAUUUAUAUAUUUUAUUUAAAAAAAUCAAUCAGGGAUGUCAGCUAAGGCAUCUGCAGCUGUAAUGAAUAUAAAAGGAAGUAGAAGAAUAUCAUUACAUGAUUUGAAAGAAAUAUUUUUAACAUUACCAUAAAAUUUUAUAAUGAGUUUUGUACGUAGUUAAAAUAAGAGAUUAUAAAAUUUGCCAUCUUAGUAAUUGAAACCUAUUUUAGAUAAUUGUGGAUUCUUUUAUUAAGGUUUAAAUUAUGUAGAUGCUGCAAAUUUUAAUAUAAAAUAAAGUAUACUUGAUAAAGUGAAUAUAAAAAAUAAUUUUAUAGCAGAAAUAAGAUUGAUUGAAGCAACUGGUAUACCUAUACCAGAUGAGAAAGAUGUUCCAAGAGCUUAAUUUUUAAGAAGAGAAUUAGGAAUUAUUUUAAUAGAUAAAGCUUUAAAUAAAUUUGAUGGAAAUGCAAUAUAUAUUCCAGCAUAAUGGAACCCAGAAUAUGAAGAUAGAUGGAUUUUUGAUUCUGCAGCUAUGGAAUAAGCAAUGUAUUUGAGAUGGGGUAAUUUUGAUGAGAAAAUGGAUAAUAUGACAGAAUUAGUAUUUGAAUUUAUUACAUAUUCUACAAAUAAGAGUAGAUUAAUUUAAAUAUCAUGUGCAUAUGGAUCAAUACCUGUGUAUUAAUUAAAACCAGGUAAAUAAAUAUUAGAAUUGAAGGGAGGUGCUCCUCUUAAAGAUAUAACUAUUGAUAAAAAAGAUAUAAGAACUAAUCGUAGUGGUUGGAGAUCAGUUGUUAAAGCUUUAUCAUCAAAUAUAAAAUCUUAAUUGGUUAUAGAAAUUGUUAAAUUAACUCCAUAGACAACUAAUAAAUUAUCAGCAUUACCAAAUAAAUGUUUAUUAAAUAAAUGGGCAUUAGGAAUGUAAUCAGCUUUUAGAGAAUAUUUUGCUUAUAGAACUUAAAUGAAGGGAGAAAUAGAAUUGAAUUUAGCAAGUGAUAUAAGAAUUAAAGCUUGGUUAAAUUGUUUUGAUUGUCCAGACACUAUCAGAGCAGUUGCUUAAUUUUGGAAUGAAUUAAUUGAGUAAAUAUAUAUAAAAUAUAUUUUAAUAGGCCAAAAGUUAAUGAUCAUUAAUUCUUAUUGAAAGCUGUAUCUAAAAUAGCAGAUUCUCUAUAUUUAAUGUUUAAGAAUACAGAAUUCAAAUUUUCAGCAGGAGAUCCUACAGCUAGAAUUGAUCAUGAUUUGGCUUUAUUAAAAAAAAGAUAAUAGUUGAUUGCUGAUGCUAUUCUUGAUAUGAAAAUUAAUUUAGGAAUUGGAAAUUAGCAACAGUAUAUAUAUAUAUAGUUUAUUCUUUAGAAAAAAACCAUAAACUAUUGCUAGUUUAGAACCAUUAAAUAUAGAAGAGAUGAUGGAUUUAGAAAAUGAACAAGAUUUAUAAGCAAUAGAAAAGUUUUUGAAUAAGAAGAAACCAAAAAAAUAACAAUAAUAGUGAUAAUAUUUAUGAACAUGGAAGCCA